UGAUAGAGAUGCUCUAUUCGUUAAACUAUCCGAUGAAGCCAUCUACAUAGGCACAUCUCCAGCACCAGAAUCUUACCUUUGCGGUGAUAAAAUCAUUGAAGCUGCAAAGCGUGUUGGAGCGGACGCAAUACAUCCCGGAUACGGAUUUCUAUCAGAAAAUGCCGACUUUGCCAAGUCAGUAGAACGUUCGGGACUGAUUUUUAUCGGACCGUCUGCAGGCGCAAUUAGAUUAGUCGGUGAAAAAACUGCCGCCAAAAAUCUCUUGGCAAAAGAGUUGCCAUCGGUUCCACUGGUUCCUGGAUACAAUGGAGCAAAUCAGGACGUUGAAACAUUGAUUGUUGAAGCAAAGAAAAUUGGAUUUCCAGUGCUUUUGAAAGCAUCAGCUGGGGGAGGUGGUAGAGGGAUGAGGGUUGUUCACGAUGAAUUUAAAAUGCGCGAAGAGAUUGCGCUAGCAAAGUCGGAAGCUCUCCACGCGUUUGGAUCAGAUAUAUUAUUAAUUGAAAAAUACUUUGAAUCUAUACGACAUGUCGAGAUCCAGCUGAUGGGAGACAAAUACGGCAAUGUUUAUCAUCUGUUCGAACGCGAUUGUUCAGUUCAAAGAAGGCACCAAAAAGUGAUUGAAGAGACACCCUGUCCUGUCCUUACUCAAAAAGUACGAGAAAGGAUGACGAAAGCUGCUAUCGAUAUUGGAAAGUUACUGAAAUACGAAGGAGCAGGAACAAUCGAGUUUCUUCUGGAUGAGAAAGACAGGUUCUAUUUCCUUGAGAUGAAUACGCGAUUACAGGUUGAGCAUCCAAUUACAGAAUUAAUUACGGGAUUAGAUUUGGUCGAUUUGCAAAUACGAGUGGCGCAAGGUUAUGAUCUAUCACAGUCGAAAUUGCCCACACUAAGGAUAAAAGGUCACGCAAUCGAAUGUCGACUGUACUCGGAAGAUCCAGCAAACAAUUUCAGCCCUGCCGUUGGUAGGAUCUGUUAUUGGCAACAAGCUGAUACACCUAAUGUAAGAUACGAUACUGGUAUUGAAACAGGUUCGGAGGUAGAAGUGUACUAUGACCCGCUCAUUUCUAAAAUAUCAGUCUUUGGCGCGACACGCGGCGAGGCUCUUCACAAUAUGACUCUUGCCCUGCAGAACACCAUCGUUCUUGGACUAGUCACCAACCAACUGUUCCUAUCAAGCAUUGUCUCUAGUAAACAAUUCGCAAGUGGAUUCUACAAUACGAACCUCAUUGACGAAUUAUUUUCUCAGAAUGCUAUCAAAAAUGAAGCAUUGGUUCCAGAUGACCUGUCUGUCAUCCCGUUUCUAUGGUUGUGGUAUCUGCGUGAACGACAAAGGACCACGUUGAGGCACAUUCCGUCUGGAUGGCGUUAUGUUAAUUAUAAGAAUCCGGCCGAUAAAUACAAAGUCAAUGGAAGAGAAGUCGAGAUAGAUUACAAAUAUGAGGGCAAGUUAGAUGUGAAGGGAAAUAAGGAUUACAAGUUUAGCGUUGAGCUUAGUAGUGGUGACAGGUCUGAAAAAAUUAGGCAGCCCGUGAUAUUACACGAUGCAACCGUUCAAGGAGAUCGUGGAAUACAGCGUAUUUAUUAUAUUGCAAAUGGAGAUCAAGGCGAGAAAUCGGAACACGUUUACAUGCACAGUAAGGAUUUCUCUUCACAGAUAAAGUUUACCCGGAUAUCCCGUAUGAUAUCGCUAUCUAAGCAAGAAGAGGAUGAUUUGUCUCCGUAUACAGCCCCAAUGCCAUGCAAAAUUCUCCGACUGCUUGUUAAAUCCGGCUCAAGAGUAAAAAAGAAUGAUCCAUUACUGACGAUAGAGUCUAUGAAGAUCGAAGUUAGGCUUUAUUCUAGACAUGAUGGAAUUGUGAACAUCCUUGUUAAGGAAGGCGAUGUUGUCAAUGCUGGAACUCUGUUGGUUAAGAUCAGCCAUUAA